GUUCAGCAUCAUGUGCUGGAGAGAAAUAUCCGACGACGCGCACCCACUUACACAGAUCUCUGAUUGAUUCUCCAGCUAUCUAAUAACAUUAUUCCUCAUGCUUUUACUCUUCAACAAGCCUUCACCUUUCACUGCCUGCCUUGAUCCGUUUGUAUCUAUGGAUAAACACAAUGCUGUUUAUCGCAGGGGUUGCGUUUGCGAGUAUGAAUCAUAUGUCUGAGAAGUAGAUCACACACUUCCCGUGUAGUCUUUGUGUUCGGCCUACAGUACCGCUGCAUUUACCGACAACCCUCCGCUUUACCGGGAGUGAAAACCUCCCGGGCUGUAGGAUGCAUGUUGACAGCACCAUCAGUUUUGUUUGUCUGCGUCUGGCUGCUGAGCGUCUGCAGUAGCACAAUGACCGAUGCGUCUACACGACUCGUACCGAGACACCCUCUAAAGUCCUUCCAAUGAUAUGAUAGUAGCUACCUGGAUUGCAUUCUGUGCCAGCAGGAGCCUCGUGCGGGUUCUACGACUGACCGUAGAACAGCUGCAGUCAGUGCAGUUUUGGCCCAGCCUCUCGUCCAGCGGAGCCAUGGGGAACAGCUGUGUGUGCAGAGAGGACAGUGACGUGGAGGAGGGAUCGGCCCCUCGCAGGCAGCUCAGGCGAGUGGAUAACUCCAUAUCCGAAUCCCAGGAGGCAAGAGGCAGCCGGCCCAGGGACCCGGUCCGACCGCCCAGACGAGGUCGAGGGCCGCAUGAACCACGUCGGAAAAAACAAAACGUGGAUGGAUUGGUACUGGACACGCUGGCUGUUAUCAGGACUCUUGUUGACAAUGACCAAGAGCCGCCGUACUCCAUGAUCACAUUACACGAGAUGGCCGAGACGGAUGAUGGCUGGUUGGAAGUGGUCCAGUCUUUAAUUCGGGUAAUUCCUCUAGAUGACCCAUUGGGUCCGGCUGUAAUAACCCUGCUGCUGGAUGAAUGCCCUUUGCCCACCAAAGAUGCUUUGCAGAAGUUGUCGGACAUGUUGAAUCUAAGUGCCGCUGUUGCCCGUCAGGAUGCCCUCAUCCCUGCCAAACACCGUAACACCACAGCAGUGCUAGGCUGCCUGGCUGAGAAACUGGCUGGUCCAGCAAGCAUCGCUCUUCUCAGCCCUGGAACUCUGGAGUACCUGCUUGAGAGUUUGAGCUCUGAGGCCCACCCCACUGUCAUGCUGUUCGCUCUCAUCGCAUUAGAGAAAUUCUCUCAAACCAGCGAGAACAAGCUUACAGUAUCAGAGUCGUGUAUCAGUGAUCGCCUCUCUGUUUUGGAAUGCUGGGCCGAUCAUCCAGACUAUCUAAAGCGUCAAGUCGGCUUCUGCGCUCAGUGGAGCCUGGAUAACCUCUUCAUUAAAGAGGGCCGCCAGUUCACCUAUGAGAAGGUCAACUUGAGCAAUAUCAACGCCAUGCUAAACAGUAAUGAUGUCAGCGAGUAUCUUAAGAUCUCUCCUACUGGACUGGAGGCUCGGUGUGACGCGUCGUCAUUUGAGAGCGUUCGCUGCACGUUCUGUGUGGAUUCAGGUGUUUGGUACUAUGAAGUCACAGUCAUCACCUCUGGCGUCAUGCAGAUUGGCUGGGCAACCAAGGACAGCAAGUUUCUAAAUCAUGAGGGUUAUGGGAUUGGAGAUGAUGAAUACUCAUGUGCGUACGAUGGCUGCAGGCAGCUGAUCUGGUACAACGCUCGCAGUAAACCUCACUCCCACCCCUGCUGGAAAGAAGGUGAUGCCAUAGGCUUCCUGCUGGACCUCAGUAAAAAACAGAUGAUCUUUUAUCUAAAUGGACACCAGCUGCCUCCUGAGAAGCAGGUGUUCUCCUCCGCCACAUCUGGCUUCUUUGCUGCAGCCAGUUUCAUGUCCUACCAACAGUGUGAGUUCAACUUUGGUGCCAAGCCCUUCCGCCAUCCGCCCUCCAUCAAAUUCAACACAUUUAAUGAGUUCGCCUCACUCGCAUCGGAUGAGAAAAUCAUUCUGCCUAGACACAGGCGCUUGGCUUUGCUCAAACAGGUCAGCAUCAGAGAUAACUGCUGCACCCUCUGUUGUGACCAGAUGGCAGACACUGAACUGAGACCCUGUUUGCACAGUGGAAUUUGUAUGGAGUGUGCCUUACAGCUGGAAACAUGCCCACUUUGUCGUCAGGACAUCCAGACACGAAUCAGACUAAUUUCCCACGUGUCCUGACAUUAGCUACAACGACCCUACAUAUGGACUUUCCCCCUCAAGCUUCCAUCCUGUCCAGUCCCUUCUGUCUGAGAGACCAACCUGACCAAUCGAAUCAUGAUGCUGUCUCAGGAUUGGACACUGCGGCUUGAACCUUUCAUGCUUUGUGAGGAUGGAUAAAUCAGACCCUCCAUAAAGCUGGAGGAAAGAGAAAACUACACUGUUGCACUCCAAGGAGACCCCAGUCAGAGAGGCAGUGAGGGUUAAUGAGGAUAUUUGGAGUUUUCAAGUUUUUUUUGGAAGUUUGUAAUCACGAUUUUCAGGCACAGAUAGCAUAUGGAAAAUACAUUUGUUACAUGCUGAUCUGUUUAAGAGUCUUUCACCUCGAGCUCUAAUCAGGGUCUAAUACAGUUUGUGUCUCUGUUCGGAUGUGUUACAUGUAUAUGUGACUUCUCUCAGUUCAAUUACAAGUCUAAGCCACAAACAACAACUUAUCUUGUUUGUUUCCUCUCAAUGUUAACCCCUGCCCCAGAAACCCAUUAUUCUUCUCCUUCAGACUUGAUUGUACUUGAAUCUGUUCUGGGUUGAUUGCCCCACAUUCUAAUUACAAAUGUCUUGAUGAUUCGAGACACAGAUUUUUUUAGUAAUUACAUUUUUUAUUGAUGUACGAUACAAAGCCCUUUGAGGAAAAAAAUGCAGUCAAAUUACAUCCGAUGAAAUUACAGGCUUGAGGUAAAGAUCACGUUAGACAUUGUCUAUACUUAUAUUGAAGAUAUACUUGCGACAACCCAUAAUUGAGGUUUGGGGAAAUGUUAUGUGUUUCCUCCUGUGGUAAUGCACAUAUCAGUGUCCUAAUGCUGCUGAGGCCAAAUGUGAAUGUUCUGAAGCAGUUACAGAGAGACUGAAAUCUCCGGAGCUCCCAAAGAUAAGAGAGUAUGAUUUGAAUUAAGAAUAUUUCAUUUUCUGAAUUGUGAUGUUUGUAAUAAAUGUCUGUUUUAUGUGUUG